CCAAAGAAGAAGAAGAAGAACCCGGAAGUGACGUACUGUCUGCCGUGUCCACAUGUUUCUGGCUCCUUGAAUCUGAAUCUUGGAGGAAUUUCUGUAAAAGAUCCAGCGACAUGAAAACAGGAGGAGUCCUGCUGCUGCGACUAUAAGACACAUCAGUUCAGAAGAUGCUGAGCGACACUGAGGCUACAGAGCUGCUGUCCUUCCUGACUCCCAGCACCCGGCCAGAUGUGAAGGGAAAGGCCACAGAGUACAUCCUGGGACUGUCUGGAACCAGUGAUGGCUGCCGCUUCCUCCGCUCUAAACCUAACCUAAUAGCAGCUGUCUUUGCGCUGACCUCUGAUCCCUCUGUUGCCAUAGUGAAGGACUGUUACCACGUCCUGAUCAACCUGUCAGCUGAUGAGACGCUGCACCAGGUUUUGGUCUCUGAGGUCAACGUUCUUCCAGUGCUGUUAAAGAAGCUGCAGGAUCCAGAAUACCUGUUCUCUGACCACAUCUCGACCAUCCUGUCCAACCUGAGCCGCCUUGAGAAGACCUGCAGGGUCGUGUUCCAGGUCCUGCAGGAAGAGCUUGGUCUGGCCAAGCUGGUGGAGAUCUUCUGCAAUGAAAGCUACAACAAAAAGGCCAAACUGCACUACCUGGGCCCCCUGCUGUCCAACCUGACCCAGCUGCCCCAGGGCCGCAGCUACAUAAUGGACCACAACAGGUGUGUGAUCCAGCGGCUGCUGCCCUUCACUCAGUACGAGGCGUCGGUGGUGCGGAGGGGUGGAGUCAUCGGCACGCUGAGGAACUGCUGCUUCGACCACGCGCAUCAUGAGUGGCUGCUGAGCGACGCCGUGGACGUCCUGCCGUUCCUGCUGCUGCCGCUGGCCGGACCGGAGGAGCUGACGGAGGAGGAGAACGACGGCCUGCCUGUGGACCUGCAGUACCUCCCCGAGGACAAGAAGCGAGAGGGAGACCCCGACAUCAGGAAGAUGCUGCUGGAAACGCUGCUGCUGCUGACGGCGACCAAAGCCGGCCGGCAGACGCUCCGACACAAGAACGUUUAUCCCAUCAUGAGGGAGUUCCACCGCUGGGAGAAGGACGUUCACGUGGCCGCCGCCUGCGAGAAGCUCAUCCAGGUGCUGAUAGGCGACGAGCCGGAGCAGGGCAUGGAGAACCUGAUGGAGGUGGAGAUCCCGCAGGACGUGGAGGAAAAGCUGAAGGAGGCUGCAGCCAAGGAGCAGGAGGAGCUGGAGAAGGAGGAGAGGAUGAGACGUGAAGAAGAAGAAGAAGAAGAGGAGGAGCAGAAACGGGAUGCUGGAGCAACGGAUGGAGAGAAAGAGAGGGAAGUCGUUGAGUAAAAGCUGCAGAGACGCGAUGGAUCCAGAUCCAGACCUGCAAGGAGCCAGAGCCUCCUGUCAUCUCCUGAAGUGGUCUUCAUCAGCUGUUCUCCACUUCCUGUAGCUGUUCUCCACUUCCUGUGACUGUUCUCCACUUCCUGUGGCUGUUCUCCACUUCCUGUGACUGUUCUCCACUUCCUGUGGCUGUUCUCCACUUCCUGUAGCUGUUCUCCACUUCCUGUGGCUGUUUUCCACUUCCUGCGACUGUUCUCCACUUCCUGUGACUGUUCUUCACUUCCUGUAGCUGCAGUCCAGCUCCUGAUCGUCUUCACAGGAACCUUCCUGAAGAGUCCUACCCUCAGCAGGAGGAAACGAAGACUGGAUGGAGAAACGUCUCGUUCCUAACUGACCAGAACCAGAGCAAGAGGAGCGGUUUUAGGUUUUAUUUUUUAUUUUAAUGUAAACCCUGUUAGUGUUAAAAUAAAUUCACACUUUUUGUAAAUUUAUCUUUAUUUCACACAGUAUUUUUAACAGUAGGAGCUGCUUUCAGGUUCAUCUGGAGUGUCAAAUAUUUCCCCUCUUAUCUUGUUUUAAAUGUACAGACUAAAACAAAAACCAGCUUUAAAUGUCAUAUUAGUCACAUUUCAGCCUGUUUCCACAGAAGAAUAAAGAAAAAUAUGCUGAGAGAAGGAUAAAGUCA